UCCUAAACAUGAUUUACCCCUAAAUGAUUCUUCACCAUUCUUUACCGCCAGAGUGACCUUCAAAUUCUCUCUUCAAACCAAUCCCUCAAAACCCACUAAUUUGUAGUUCUGUAUGAAACAGACAGAACAGCGAAAGGAAAAGGGAGAGCAGUGAGAUUGAUCAAAAGCAGAACUUCGAAACGCUCAACAACCCACGGAAUUGUUUCCCAGGGUCAAUUUAUGUAUGGGAUUAGGCGAACACGAUGGGUGUUUAGACUAGAUUGAUUUUGCAUUCUGAGAGACUGUAUCACAAUCAUUUGAGAAUGAGCUUGCUUUCAAGAGUAAGGCAUUAUUUACCCCAUGGUUUGUAUAGACAAACUUUUCAGCCAACAGUAGUGCGGUUUAACUAUAGUAACAUAAAUGCGUUUUCAAGAAAUUUUGGUCAGCCUGCAAGGAAAGAGGAGGAGGAUGUAGAGGAAGUGGAAAUUGACCAAAGAACUCUUCCUGCUGAUUUUGAUCCUGCUACAUUUGAUCCCAAUGAUCAUCCAGCUCCUCCAUCAGAAAGGAUUUUCAGGCUUGUUGAUGAAAUAGCAUCUCUUACAGUAGCUGAAGCCACAGAAUUGGGUCUUGUUCUGAUGAAGAAAAUGGGAGUGAAGGAGAUGCCUAAUGUGGGAUUUAUGAAAGCAGGAGCGGGAAAUUUGGCUGGAAUGGCAGCAAAAGCACCAGCUGCGGUCAAGGAGGAGCAAAAGCCGGAAAAAACUGUGUUUGAAUUGAAACUGGAGUCCUACGAAGCGGCUUCCAAAAUUAAAAUCAUCAAGGAGGUCCGGGGCUUUACCGAUUUAGGUUUGAAGGAGGCGAAGGAUUUGGUGGAGAAAACACCUUCUGUUAUAAAGAAAGGUGUUUCAAAAGAAGAAGGGGAGAAGAUAAUGGAGAAACUCAAAGCUCUUGGUGCAAAAGUUGUUAUGGAAUGAUGUAUGUUGUUUCAUUUUACUUGUCUGAAAUUUAGAAAAUUUCAUAAUGGACCGAGGACACCAGCUAAAUUUUGCUGGUGCUGUGCUAAUUUUUUAGCAUGAACAGGAAUUUAAUUUUAUGCAGCUUUGCAACA